UCACUGCUUUACGGUGUCACGUGUAUUUCACUCCGACCUGAUUCUUACUUUUGGGUGCUGUCAACACCAACUUGGGCGAAGCAAACCCUAACCCUCGAAUUCUUCAACCUUCCGAUUCCGAACAAUGGUGAGGAAGCGAAAGCUGGAACCGAAAACGACGGAGGCAUCGGAGCCCUCCAAAAAGCAACAACAACAACAACAACAACAGAAGGUUAGCGAGGAACCAAAACCUCAGAAAGAACCAGAAGACGAAGCAGUCGAAGAAGAUGAAGAAGAAGACGAAGAAGACGUUGAAGAAGAUGAAUACGAAGAAUACGAAGAGGAAGAAGAUGAAGAAGAAGAAGACUCGGACGAUGAAGAAGAAGAAGAAGGGAAUGCUGCUAAUCACGCUAAAACGCCGUCGGUUUCGGGUGUGGGUGGUGGUGUUGGUGGUGAUGAUGAUGAGGAAGAGUCUAUUCAGAAGCUUCUGGAACCCUUCAGUAAAGACCAGCUAUUGAAUCUGCUAAUUGAAGCUUCGGAAAAGCAUGGGGAUGUGGCGGAUCUGAUCCGGAAGGUCGCCAACGAAGACCCGGUCAACCGGAAGAUAUUCGUCCACGGGCUUGGCUGGGACACGAACGCGGAGGCACUCACCGCCGUGUUCAAGCAAUACGGCGAGAUCGAAGACUGCAAGGCCGUGUGUGAUAAGGUCUCCGGGAAGUCCAAGGGUUACGGUUUCAUUCUUUUCAAGAGUCGCGGCGGAGCUCGCAGGGCGCUGAAGCAGCCUCAGAAGAAGAUUGGUAACCGCAUGACUGCUUGCCAGCUAGCCUCGGUCGGCCCGGUCCCGCCCUCGAGCACCGCCGCAGCCUCCGGUGCCCCUGCUCCGCAGUCGCAGCCGACGUCGGAAUAUACACUGAGAAAGAUUUAUGUGAGCAAUGUUGGAGCAGAGCUUGACCCGCAGAAGUUGUAUACCUUCUUCUCCAAGUAUGGAGAGAUUGAGGAGGGGCCUCUGGGACUCGAUAAGAUGACUGGAAGGCCUAAAGGGUUUUGUUUAUUCGUUUACAAGUCGAUGGAGAGUGCAAAGAGAGCUCUUGAAGAGCCGCAUAAGAAUUUCGAGGGCCACAUUUUGCAUUGCCAGAGAGCAAUCGAUGGUCCUAAGCCGGGAAAGGCCCAGCAUCAGCAUCAGAACCAGCACCAGCACCAGCCCCACCAUAACCAUAAUUCGCAUUCGCAUGGUAACCAAUUCCAGAGGAAUGAGAAUCCUGGUUAUGUUGCUGGGGCUGCGACUGCGACUGCCCCGGGCCAUCUGAUGGCACCGGCCGGCCCCGGGAUUGGGUUUAACCAAGGGCCUGCGGCGGCCCAGGCAUUGAACCCUGCCCUUGGCCAGGCUCUAACCGCGUUGCUUGCAAGUCAGGGUGCUGGGUUGGGGCUAACGAAUUUGUUGGGAUCUUUUGGGUCCACUGCGGCUGUGAAUCCAGGUGUGCCAGGUACUACAGGCCAUGGAAUACAGAGUGCUUAUGGAAGUCAAGCCAAUAUAAGCCCCGGAGUCAUCGGAGGCUAUGGAAAUCAAGGUGCAAUUCCGGGAGGUUAUCCAAAUCAGCAGAUAGGGCCUGGUGGUUCUGGAAGAGGGCAACAUGGUGUUGGACAAUAUGGUGUCGGUCCAACAUACAUGGGGCACUAGGUGCCCCUCAGAGUUUUUGGAGAACGGGAAAUGGACAUCUGCUAGAUCAAAAAUUCUUUAGGAUUUAGGGUGGUUUGGUUUGGUGGUUCUGUGCCCGCACAUGAGCCAAGGAUCAGAGACCUUGAGGUUGCUUAACAGCAAGUCUACAAGAUCAUGCAUUGUGUGCAGUCCCUUAGAUAAAAGAUUUGUUCGAUACUUGGAAUUUCCAGUCGGAGUUUUUUCAUUUUGGAUGUUAUUAUUAGUUUUUUGUUUGGAGAACUACAUUUAGAAUUUUAGUAUAAUAAGUUUUGCUUGGGUGUUCGACAGUAAUUUUGGGUCCCAUUUAAAGGUAUUUCUUUGUAGUUUUUGACUCAUGAACCAACUGUACCCAUUGAAGGAUUAAUUUCGUACUCUCUUUUAGGAUUUACUUAAUGUUUCCAGCACGUACACAAUAAUAUUGUAGUCUAAUGCUCUUUAUUUAUUUA